ACCACUAUCUCCUCAGAAGUUACAGACCACCUUCUAGCGUCAGCAAAGGGUGGGAUUCUUCACUAAAACACUGCUGAUGCAUCUGCUCGAGCACAGUUGGCGGAGACAGCUGUGAGCUGAGUCUGCACGAGACGACGGUAAAGAAAAAACAAAAACAGGAUGAGGAAGGUAGUCAUGCUGUUUGGUUUAUGGAGUCUUCUGUCCCUCUCACAUGCUCAGUUGACAGCUACAGCAGAGGCUGAAGGUGAAGAAGAGGUGGUUGAACUUUUUACUACCCCACGCACAAAGUUGGCUGCUGCAACCUCUGAUUUUGGCUUCAACCUAUUCCGUCAGCUGGCAGCACGUGAUCCCAAGGCCAGCGUCUUCCUGUCACCUAUGAGUAUCUCAGCAGCCUUUACACAGCUUUCAAUGGGGGCAUCUGAACGGGCUGAGAAACACAUUUACAGGGCCCUCCGCUACCACACCCUAAAAGACAGUCAGCUCCAUGACACACUGAGAGACCUUCUAUCCUCACUAAGAACAUCUGCCAAGGGCUUCAAGUCAGCAGAUCGCAUCCUUUUGGCUAGGAAACUUCGUCUCAGGCUGGAAUACCUCAACAGUGUAGAGAAGCAAUAUGGGAUACGCCCUCAAACACUUGCGGGUGGAGCCCGGGACCUUAAGACUGUUAAUGAUUGGUUUAAACAGCAAACUGGUGGAAAAGUGGAACAAGUUGUUCCUUCACUUUCUCGUAACACAGCUGUGUUGCCUGUGGGAGCAGCCUUCUUAAAAGGUAAAUGGAUAACUAGGUUCAGCAAAGCUAAUAAGAUAGAGAACUUCCAGAGGGAUGGAGAAGCCCCAGCUCUUAUUACCAUGAUGGAGCAGGAGAAUUACCCAGUAAAGAUGGGUAUUGACCCUGAACUUGGCUGCACGAUAGCCCAGGUUCCUAUGGAGGAUGGAAUAAGCAUGUAUUUCUUCUUACCUGAUGAGGUGACACAGAAUCUAACUCUAAUAGAGGAAGCACUUACAGCUGAAUUUGUCCAGGACCUUUCCAAUACCCUCCAUGCAGUAAAGGUGCUGCUUAUACUUCCUGUUAUCAAGCUAAGUUACAGCACAGACCUGCUGCCCUCCCUCUCUGACCUGGGCCUUUCUGAAUGGUUGGCAGAGACAGACCUUGUCAAAAUAACCAAUCAGCCAGUCAAGUUAAGUGCUGUCCAUCAUAAGGUUGUCAUGGAAACAGCUCCAGAGGGUGCAGAGUAUGCCAGCACCACCCCUACUGUCAACGGCCAGUCGCUGGCUCUAACGUACCGCGUAGACCGGCCUUUCCUCUUUCUAGUCAGAGAUGAGCCAUCAGGCGCACUUCUCUUCAUUGGGAAAGUGCUGAACCCACGUGACAUAGGAAGGGUAUGAGACAGACACACUUACACUAACAGAUACAAACAAAUGAGAAACAAGCAAUUUAUAUAUGAGCUCAUUUAAGCCCAAGUCUAUAAACGGAAAAUAAAUAUUUGACAUAUCUUGACUUACAUGGCCAUUUGGAGCAAAAUGAUCACAGCCCAUUGACAUUUUCAACAUACUCAAACAUUGAUUUGUGCACACAUUCAAUGUCCAUCUAUACUUCUCAUGAUAUGGUCCACUUGUGCUUUUAUUAUGGAUUUUUAUGGAUAGAUUAUUGUACAUGUUCUGGAUCUUAGCCAUACAAUCUACAUUAGUAUUGAUGGAUAAUAACUCUGCUCUGACUAACUUUUCACAUGUAAAAAAUUCCUCAGAUAUUUGUAAUGGCCACCAUCUUUUGUUUAACACUUUCUUUCAGUUUACGAUACAUUUAUGACUUUGUGACUAUGUGAGUUUAAUUAACAGUCCCUUAGCAAUGAUGAAAUUAUACUAAA